CCCUAUCGAAUCUUUCGGUUGUUUAACGUACGUAUAGCUAAACCGCUCCGGCAGGCGAUGGAAGCGACGGCUACGGAGGUUACAGUCGGAGAACCACCGAAAAUUCCGAUGGAGCUGCCUUUUCCUGCUCGAAAGCCGGUGAAUGAACUGUCAGUAGAAGAGAUGGUGGCCAAAUCAAUAGUUCCGGUGAAGAAAGAAUUUAUGUGUCCCGCACCUAACAGACUUACUAGUGAUAACAAUGGACCAUCCGGCGAUGCCGUUCCUGUCCCCACCACCGCCUCCGCACCUGUUAUUAAGGAGAAAAAAUCAAAAAGACAGCUCAAGAGGGAACGAAUUCAGGAAAAACAGUCCACACGUAAUCUCUGUCCUAUGGUUGCGAAGACUGGAAAAGCAGAUUCGUGUCCUUAUAAUGAUAAGUGUCGUUUUAGUCAUGACAUAGAAGCAUUUAAGGAUCAGAAACCUGCUGAUUUAGAGGGCAUCUGCCCCUUCGAAGGUGAUGAAGGUCCAUGCCCCUAUGGAUUGGCUUGCAGAUAUUUAGGUACCCAUAAAACUGAUGUUGCUCUUGGAACUCCAAAUGCUCGUAAGAACGCUGAAGUGAAUGGACUGAAGAAAGAUGUCCAGAGGCUGUUGUGGAAGAACAAAAUGAAGUUCCCUAAGGCAGAUGCUACGCUCAAAGUUCUUGGUCUAAUGGGGGCCGCAAAAUCAAAGAAGACACCGGAGGCUGAUAAUGGAGAAGAAAAUCAGACCGUUUCAAAUGGUUCUAACGUUACAAAUGGAAAUGGUUGUGGUGAAACUGGUACCCAGCCGAUUGUAGAGAACGAGUGCUGUCCAGAAGUUCCUGAGAAAGUUGAAGACAGUAAUGGUGCUGAUGAUCCUAGACCCCUGAAGAAAGGAAAAUCUUUAACUGAUGAAACGUGUGAUUCCAUCAAAGAAACUAAUGGUGCAAGUCUCACGGAGAAAGAUCUUGAUGCAAGUGGUGCACAAUUAGAAUCACUUUCAACUGUUGGCCAUAUUGAAACCGAUAAAAGCUUAAACUUACGCCCACGUGAAAAGAAGCUGAUUGAUUUUAGAGAUAAGCUAUAUCUUGCACCUUUGACCACAGUUGGCAACCUUCCUUUCCGAAGGGUUUGCAAAGUGUUAGGUGCAGACAUAACAUGUGGUGAAAUGGCAAUGUGCACAAAUCUUCUACAGGGCCAGGCUGCAGAAUGGGCACUGUUAAGGCGCCAUGUAUCUGAGGAUCUGUUUGGAGUACAGAUAUGUGGGGCAUAUCCAGACACGGUUGCUCGUGCUGCUGAACUUAUUGAACAGGAAUGUACAGUGGAUUUCAUUGAUAUCAAUAUGGGCUGUCCAAUUGAUGCUGUGGUUAAUAAGGGGGCUGGGUCAGCUCUUCUUUCAAAACCAAUGCGGAUGAAAAAUGUGAUACAAGCAGUUUCUACCACGGUGGACAUUCCAAUAACUAUAAAGGCACGAACAAGUUACUUUGAGGGUAGAAGUCGCAUCGAUUCUGUAAUAGCUGAUAUUGGGAAAUGGGGAGCAAAUGCAGCCACCAUACAUGGUAGAUCUCGUCAGCAGCGUUACAUCAAGCAAGCCGAUUGGGAAUAUAUAUACCAGUGUACAAGAAAGGCCCCUGAUACUUUCCAAGUCCUGGGGAAUGGAGACAUCUUUACGUUUUCAGACUGGAAGAAACACAAAUCUGACUGCCCUGAACUUUCGUCAUGUAUGAUUGCUCGAGGGGCUUUGGUAAAGCCCUGGCUUUUCACUGAAAUCAAGGAGCAGAGGGACUGGGACAUCAGUUCUGGAGAACGCUUAAAUAUUUUGAAAGAUUAUGUGCGUUUUGGACUUGAACACUGGGGUUCCGACACAAAAGGUGUGGAAACAGUUAGGCACUUCUUACUAGAAUGGCUUAGUUAUACAUACCGAUAUGUUCCACUUGGUCUCUUGGAAGUCAUCCCUCAAAAACUGAACUGGCGUCCGCCUGCAUACUAUGGUCGUGAUGACCUGGAGACAUUAAUGGCUUCCGAGUCUGCAGUCGACUGGAUUAGAAUCUCUGAGAUGUUACUUGGUAAGGUUCCUGAUGGAUUCACGUUCUCACCAAAACACAAAUCCAACGCAUUCGACAAAGCCGAGAACGGCUGAUCCAUUUAGUCAAGUGUUUAAGGUGCCAUGCUCAUUCGAUGUGCGAUUCCGUGAGUUUUUAUGCCAUUGUUUCUCAUUUAUAUCGAAUAUGAGAUCUUGUGGAUCACGAAUAGGGGUUAGGCCGAUCUUGUUCGGUCAUUGCUGGCCGAUGAUUGGUUUAAGAAAGCAUCUCGAGAUCAAAACAAUUGUCGAUGUCCUAAAACUAACUGCAAAAAAGACGGGUAAUGAUAGAUAUUACCAGCAAGGACAACUUCGACUUUUGUCGUAAUGCUUUAUUUUCUUCGCAA